UCUUUGACAUUCUUAAGGUCGCUAUAUCAAUUUUUACUGCUUGUUCAUAUUAUAGGACAUUCGAGGUCACUGUUUAAAAAGUAAGAUGGGAAAAUCCACGUGCUUGUUCUUAGUUUUAGCCGGGAUGUUCUGCUUUGCACAAGUCCAAACUUUCCGAAUAACGAAAACGUUUUUUAACGGCAAUCUGAUAUUGACUUGGACGAACGUUUCCACACGUCGUAACGAUAUAAUUAUCACAAAGAAUGGACGUGAGAGUGACUGGAUACGAAUCACUGAUGACAAGUACACAGUGGAAGAUGUAUGGAAGUAUAAAUCUGUAAACAUCAAGGUACGGGAAUUCCAAUCGACAAACAAUCCAUCACGUAAAGAUUACAAUUCAACAUACACUGUCUCACGAAUUGAUUCUGAAGAAGGAGAAGCAAAGAAUCUAACGUGGACAGCUGAUUUAUUUCCAAAGAGCGGACAAUACAAUAUAUAUCAUUUUCAUGGUGGCAUGGGCAAAACAGUAAUGCAAUUGGAAUACGAUGGUGCUGUUUCAGCUGAUUCUGCAAAGUAUGUUUACCACACCAGACCCUACAACUCCACCAACAUAAAAUUUGAGGUGAAAAACAUAGCGCUUAUGGAUGCCGGGUUUUAUGGAGGUGGCCAUCCACAGAAUGCUGCAAGAAAUGGACAGGGUGCACUUCUUGUGGUGAAAGGGAAACCAACCCAACCUCAUAUCACAGGAGUCCUUAACGUAACUGAAAACAGUGAUGUCAUGUUGACCUGCUCCAGUAAUUCCACCUCUCGUCCGUUAUAUUACAGGAAAACUGUAUCCUUAAACUAUAUCUGGUACAGGAACAACACCGUCAUUGAUUCAGAGACCAGAAUGACGCUCAGAUUUCCCAGGAUUUAUAGAGACGUCAGAUUUAACAAAUAUUCAUGUCAGGCGAAGGAAAGUAUUGAAUCCGAAAAAAGUGAAGAAAUUCAGAUCAAUGUUUGGUACGGUCCCAACAGUGUUACCAUUAGCCCUCAGCCUCCGGUAGAUAAGACAGUAUCUGUGAGAGACGGGGAUUACAUAGGACCGUAUCACUGUUCUGCUGACUGUAACCCGCCCUGUUCCAUUCAAUGGAAGGACAAACUCUCCAAUGGAACGUCCAUAGAAGCAGAAUCGAACGGAUCAACAUUGUUACGACAACAGGUGUCCAAAGAUCAGGUUUUGUUCCGAUGUGUGGCAAAGUCAACUCUCGACAGACAACUGCAUUCGGCGAUGGAUUUCCCCAUAAUGUUAUCGUUUGCACCUAACCUGUCGAAAAAUAUUCAAACAGCAACGAUCGUAAUUGUCAUCUUGUCUACAUUUAUGGUUGUUGCAAUAUCAACAAUUAUUGUAAAGGCUUUCCGACAAAGAUCGCAAAGAAGAUUGGAGAACAAGCGAGCGCAACCCGAGAAUGAACGCAACACGACCAUAAACGCCACCCAACAGCAACUGCAAGCGGACGGGGGAUCUGAAUUCCCGAUAAAUGACUAUGAAAAGAUCAACACAACAAUCGACGAACAUUCUUAUGAUUGCGUCGAUCCCAAAUGAAGACGCUCAAUUAAAAAGAUAUCACAGCCAAUUCAUACACAGAUCCUAGUCCUUGAUUAUGGGAUGUGUCUCUCACAUGUAACAAUUCAAUAUAUCUUGUAAAACGCAAAAUGACUGCUUUAUCUGACUUAAUCAACAUCUUAUUUCGAUUCAUUAAUUGUAUCUUGCUUAACGUCUCACUCGAGAAUUUUUCACUCAUAUGGAGACGUCACCAAGACCGGUGAAGGGCUUCAAAUUUAGGCCUAUUCUAUGUGUUUACGACUAUUGAGCAGGAAGGGUUCUUUAGCUUGCCAUACCUACUGUGACACGGGGCAUCCGUUUUUUAGGUCAUCUCCGAGGACCCGUGACAUUCACACCUGAUGCCGAGCGUUUGGCGAUGGAACUGUGACUUCCUGUUUUAAUGGCUUAGGUUUGUCGCGGCCGGGAUUCGAAUCUUAUUUCAAAGAAAUUAAGUCACUUGAAAUUCGCGCAACAUGAUGUCAUAUGAAAGACGUAAUGAUAUGUUUGCCCCCCCCCCCCCUCCCCCAUUCGUUUCCUUUUUUGCUUUGGCAAUAUUGCGUCACUUCAUAUGAAAUUCAAAUGUCCGUGAUAAUUACAUUACAUCUUACUUCCUGAAUUAUAUCAAAAGCAAUGAGAGUGACGUCUGCUCAUUUUACACAUUAUGAAUUAAGUUGGAGUGAAUUGCAUUCUUUUGCGUUUAUUCCAAACAACACGUAAGCAAAAUAAAGCUUCAAAUUGUAGUUAAAAGCAUCACGAAAAUCCUUAUUAUCGAGUACCGUGGGAAUACUUCAAGUAAUGCUAUUCAAAUCUUUACCGAAUUCCAUUUCACUAUAUAUACUUUCCGGAAGUUUUUGAAUAGAAAAUACCUAGGGUAUCAAAUUACUGAUGGAGUAUCAAUUUGAAAUCGCUACGAAGACGAUGAUAUUGAUCAGUAAUAUCGUACUGUGGUUAUAAAGAGAGGUCAGCAAGGGUCACGACUUCGUGGGUGAUUCAAUAGAAUUGUUGCUGGUCUUUUUGAAUAACAAAAAGCUACAUGUGUUUAGUGUUAGGGGCUUUUAAUCAUUUUGAUUAGCGUUUAUGUUAAAGAAUGAUUCUGUAGAUAGAAUUAUGAAUUUCUAUGAUUGUUUGCUUCUAUUUAACACGAGUAACUCUCGCCCUAUGAUGUCACAGAUUCUACAGUACCGAGGUCCUUCAGUUCCAUAUACGUUUGCCCAACUUUCUAUUUUGUAUUGAUUGUAGGAGUUAUGAGAGUGAUCACUGUUAGUUAUCUUCACCUUUCACAUCACGCAUGAACCUUGCCAUCUGUCAGUGAGUUAUUUUUAGAUAUUAGAUAAAAGGUGAAGAUAACGAGCGGUGAUCAAUCUCUGAACUCCCAUAGGUACUUGUAUUUCUUAAGACAACUUUAAAACAUCGAUUCUAAUGUCUUUGGCACGAAAUAUUAAAGAUGAGUAAUGAUCAAAUGCUUGUAUAGUUCUUCUAGACCCGAAAGAUAUCCCAUCGAAGAAAAGCUUCCAUAUUAUGUUUGGUGUACAGUAUUAAUAUUGAUAGUAAUUUGGUGUAUUUCAUGGGACAAAAUUAUAACAGGCAUAAUGCAUGAACAGUGCUAGGGGUUUGUUUGUUUAUUGAUAUAUUGUUUACUUGUAAAAAUUACUAUACAAAAAAACAAUGUUGUAAAUAAUAUCCCUGUUUACAAACAAGUUCAAACCACAUAAACGAAUUAAAUAUUUUUAACCGAUUGAAAGAUGUUUUUAUUUGACUCGUUACAAUAUUAUUUGAAGAUCAGAUGAUGGAUUUAACAGGAAUUUUUGUUUUAAAUUUAUGCUUUUGAAUUAGAAAUAAGAUGGAAAAUUAGAACUACAGCAUUAUGUAACCCCUUAACAAAGCGAUACAAUUUUCAACAGAUAUCAAAUUGAUUUCUUUAAUUCAAAUAUAAUUUUUUAACAAUAUGGGGAGGGAGGUAUAUCAUCCUCGCAAAAAGUAAAAUGUAAUAUAUCUUCACUAAGGAGAAGAAGACACUGUUAACCUAUAUUUUAUGUAAAGCUAUAUUACAUCAAAUCUUGCGAUAGCGAACCAUCUCACAUAAUAUUGCCAGGUUAUUAAAAACGAGAAUCAUAUGUACAAUAAAUGAGUGUUCUUAUUAUACACUUUUAUAUCAGAAUUUUAAUUUGUAAAUAUGCAUGAACAAUUGAUUAAAUAAUGUGUGAUUACUGAGUUGUCUGUCCUCCGUUUAUAAAAUAGUCAUAUUCUCCAGGAACUUCAUCUACGAAUCAUAAA